AUGGAUACUCCCAGGGUCCUGCUCUCGGCCGUCUUCCUCAUCAGUUUCCUGUGGGAUUUGCCCGGUUUCCAGCAGGCUUCCAUCUCAUCCUCCUCGUCGUCCUCGGAGCUGGGCUCCACCAAGGGCAUGCGGAGCCGCAAGGAAGGGAAGAUGCCGCGGGCGCCGAGAGAGGGUGCCGCGGGCCAGGCGCCCCCGGAGCGCCAGGAGCCACAGCCGCAGGACGAGCCACAGCGGCAGCCGCCGCAGCAGCUCCAGGCGCAGGAGCCGCCGGGCAGGAGUCCGCGCGUGGUGCCCCACGAGUAUAUGCUGUCAAUCUACAGGACUUACUCCAUCGCCGAGAAGAUGGGCAUCAAUGCCAGCUUUUUCCAGUCUUCCAAGUCGGCUAAUACGAUCACUAGCUUUGUAGACAGGGGACUAGACGAUCUCUCGCACACUCCUCUCCGGAGACAGAAGUAUUUGUUUGAUGUGUCCACGCUCUCAGACAAAGAAGAGCUGGUGGGCGCGGAGCUGCGGCUCUUUCGCCAGGCGCCCGCAACGCCCUGGGGGCCGCCGGCCGGGCCGCUCCACGUGCAGCUCUCCCCCUGCCUGUCGCCCCUGCUGCUGGACGCGCGGACCCUGGACCCGCAGGGGGCGCCCCCGGCCGGCUGGGAAGUCUUCGACGUGUGGCAGGGCCUGCGCCACCAGCCCUGGAAGCAGCUGUGCUUGGAGCUGCGGGCCGCAUGGGGCGAGCCGGACUCCGGGGAGGUCGAGGCGCGAGCGCGGGGGCCGCAGCAGCCGCCGCCUCCGGACCUGCGGAGUCUGGGCUUCGACCGGAGGGUGCGGGCCCCGCAGGAGCGCGCCCUGCUCGUGGUAUUCACCAGAUCCCAGCCCCCGGACGCCGGGCCUUGGCUGCCCUCCCCCGGUCGGCGGCGGCGGCGCACGGCCUUCGCCAGCCGCCACGGCAAGCGGCACGGCAAGAAGUCCAGGCUGCGCUGCAGCAAGAAGCCCCUGCACGUGAACUUCAAGGAGCUGGGCUGGGACGACUGGAUUAUCGCGCCCCUGGAGUACGAGGCCUAUCACUGCGAGGGGGUGUGCGACUUCCCGCUGCGCUCGCACCUGGAACCCACCAACCACGCCAUCAUCCAGACGCUGAUGAACUCCAUGGACCCCGGCUCCACCCCGCCCAGCUGCUGCGUGCCCACCAAAUUGACUCCCAUCAGCAUCCUGUACAUCGACGCGGGCAAUAACGUGGUCUACAAGCAGUACGAGGACAUGGUGGUGGAGUCGUGCGGCUGCAGGUAG